UUCAAAGUCAAACGGCAUUCGUUCGACGUCUGCCGGCUGCGUCCCCUCGCUACUUGCAUCAAACACGGAUUAAAUUGACCCGAAUUGACUAUAAAUUGACUUGGGACGAGGAAGGACUACACGUCGAUAUGCUGUCACGUUUCUCUUUUAGAGGGUUGCGCCAACUGGAAAAAGGGCCGGCGAAUUGCAGGACACUCACGGUGAAAGUGGAAGCGCCUGAGAUGCCCCCAUGCGACUUCAAGCCCGAUCCUUACAAGGGUCCGGAAUAUUCAAAAGUGCAGACAAUCAAAGAAGACCACGUGGUACCAUGCAUACGACCAUAUUACAAUAAGCCCCUGCUCAUCCACCAGGGUCACAUGCAGUGGCUGUUCGACCAUGAGGGAAAACGAUACCUUGACAUGUUUGGCGGAAUCGUCACUGUUAGCGUUGGCCAUUGCCAUCCAAAAGUCUCUGAAGCAGCAAAGCGUCAAAUGGACACCUUAUGGCAUACAACUAACAUAUACCUACACCCUAAGAUGUACGAGUAUGCUGAAAAACUGACCAAGAAGCUGCCUGGAGAUUUAAAGGUGGUGUAUUUUGUGAAUAGCGGUUCUGAGGCGAACGACCUUGCGAUGCUCCUUGCUCGCGUCUACACAGGAAACUACGACAUAAUAUCAUUCAGGAACUCAUACCACGGUAUGAGCCCAUAUGCAAUGGGUCUGACAGGAUUGUCGGCGAUGAAGUACGCUAUGCCUUCUCACAUGGGCGUACACCAUGCCAUGAACCCAGACCCAUACAAAGGGCUUUGGGGCGGUUCGGCAUGCAGGGAUAGCCCGGUACAGGCAGACAGGAAAUGCGAUUGCGAUGAGGGCAAGUGCAACGCUGGCGACAUGUACUACGAGCAGCUUCAAGAAGUGUUCAAGUACUCAUUGCCAAGGGAGAGGAUGGCUGCGCUUUUUGCCGAAUCCAUUCAAGGUGUUGGAGGCUGUGUUCAAUUCCCAAAAGGAUUCCUGAAGAAAGCUUUCGAGCUAGUACACAGCAACGGAGGUUUAUUUGUAGCAGAUGAGGUGCAAACUGGUUUUGGUAGGACCGGAGAUCAUUACUGGGGGUUUGAGUCACACGGCAUCAUUCCUGACAUCGUCACAAUGGCCAAAGGAAUUGGAAAUGGCUUUCCCCUCGCUGCAGUCAUCACAUCAGCAAAAAUCUCUACAGCGUUGGGACACGCUUUGCAUUUCAACACUUUUGGCGGUAAUCCAAUUGCUUGUGCUGUCGGACUGGCCACCCUGGAUGUGAUAGACGAGGAGAAGAUGCAGAAGAAUUCGAAAGUCGUCGGUACGUACUUGUUACACGAGUUGGCCAAGUUGAAAGAGGAAUACCCAGUCAUCGGCGAUGUUCGAGGGAAAGGCCUGAUGAUUGGCGUCGAAUUUGUCAAAGACAAGAAAUCGCGUGAGUCACUUUCGGCCAAAAGUCUCGCAGACAUCUGGGAGACUUGCAAAGAUCUUGGCGUACUCAUUGGGAAAGGCGGGCUAAAUGGAAAUGUCUUCAGAAUAAAACCGCCGAUGUGUGUGACAAAGGACGAUGCAGAUUUCACUGUCGAGGUGUUGAGACGUGCACUUUUCAAACACACAGCGAAAUGCAACGGUCAUUGUUAAAUGAUUAAAUUAUUAACAAAAACUACAUUUUAAAAAAUCCGUAAGACUGAAAUUAGUACAGAUGAAAGUUUUAUCAUUUUUAAACAAUAAGACAGCGUCAUUGUGUCAAAAGUAUUUUAACUUCUCAUUGUAUUGUGUCAAUUUCAAACGUUUUGUGAUUGUUAAUAUUAUUUUUUUAUAUUAAAACAUUUAACAGCUUGUUUGUAUGUACAUAUAUUUU